AUGCGGACGCGCCGGCGCAAACCGUGGGAUGUACUGCAGGUUUUCAGCAGUGACGCUUCACAGGAAAAGCUUUACAAGCAGGCCAUCAUCCCAAUCGUUCAGGAGGUGAUGGAUGGGUUUAACUGCACCAUCUUUGCAUACGGGCAGACUGGUACAGGCAAAACAUACACCAUGGAGGGGGGCCCCCGGCGAAGUGACGACGGGAAAAGCUUAUCGGCAGAGGCGGGAGUCAUCCCGCGCUCCAUUAAGCAGAUCUUUGACACCAUUGAUGCAAGCAACGUCGACUCAACUGUUAAGGUUUCGUUCCUUGAGCUGUACAACGAGGAGCUCACGGACCUGCUCUCUUUCGAUGACGCCAAGGAUGACAAAAAGGCGCUGCGGCUGCUCGAGGAUCGCAAUGGGGUUGUGGUGCAGGGAUUGGAGGAGGUCGUGGUGAAAAGUGCAGCAGAAAUUUAUCAGGUGCUAGACCGCGGUACUGCCAAGCGCCGCACAGCUGAGACGCUGCUCAACAAGCGGUCCAGCCGCAGCCACUCAGUCUUUUCGAUUACUAUCCACAUGCGCGAAGUAACUCCGGAAGGCGAAGAUGUGGUGAAGGUUGGAAAGCUACACCUUGUGGACUUGGCAGGCAGUGAGAACAUCUCCCGGUCAGGCGCGAAGGAUGGUCGGGCGCGCGAGGCUGGCUCCAUUAACCAAUCGCUUUUAACGCUCGGGCGCGUUAUCACGGCACUGGUGGAGCAUUCUGGGCAUGUGCCGUACCGUGAUUCUAAGCUCACCCGUCUCCUGCGCGAUUCCCUUGGCGGUAAAACAAAAACCUGUAUUAUCGCUACGAUUGCGCCGACGGUGCACUGCCAGGAGGAGACAAUCAGCACCCUGGAUUACGCGCACAGGGCCAAGAACAUCCGGAACCGGCCCGAGGUCAACCAGAAGAUCUCAAAGACGGCAAUGAUUAGGGAGAUGUCAUCAGAAAUGGAGAAGCUCCGUAUGGAGCUUGUGGCCCAGCGUGAGAAGAAUGGCGUCUAUAUCUCAGUGGAGAAGCACCAGCAGGUACAGGGUUUGCCUAAACAGGCCACCUCUCAUGCUGCUCCCUAUGGAGCUAGUUGUUGGGCUAUUUUCUGCAGAGCAUUGAUAGGGGAACAACACUGA